UUUCCGUACUAAAGAAUACCUUAGUCCAGCGAAAAGGGCAUCGUCAAAACCCACCCACUACGACCGCCCCCGCCCAGCCUCCCCAAAAUAGUGCAGGUCCGCAGGCCUCCACCGCUCAAUUCGCUCCCCUUCCAGCUUUUCUCGACCCUUCUCUGCUCUCACGUCACAGCCACUUAGCGCAUUGCUAUCUCUCCGCUCUCGCUCUCGCUCUCUGAGGCCUUCCUUCUCACUAUCUUUACGCACUUCCCUCGUUCCCGAGUAGACCACACCUUUUCAGCUCUCAUGGCUCCACCUCCCCCAUCGAACUUGCCUUUGGCCGAGAGGCUGAAGGCCCUGGCUCAGACGCUACAGUUCGCGUGGUUUGCUGGGCACGUCACACUGCUGCUCUCCGUCUUCCGCUACCUCCUGUCCUACAUCACCUUCAACUACUACUCGUCCUCGGCCCAGGUGUCCUACCGCUUGGCUUUCCUUUCGGCUGCUGCAACAUACGGUAUCGUGGUGUACAAAGGACACAUCGCCCGUGGUCGUCUUCAGGGUAGCGUUCCGAACAUUGUGGUGAAGCUCGCUGGUGAUGAAAAUGUCCAGUAUCUUGGAAUGGCGAUUGUCUGGCUCUAUUCCCGACAGGUCCCAUUGGCCCUCCUCCCCUUCAGCGUCUACUCAAUCUUCCACGUUGCGACGUACUCUCGGGCCCACCUGAUCCCUACCUUGCAGCCUCCCGCCCAGGGCGCCGCCGGAUCCGGGUCGCCCUCUUCUCCUGGUGCUGCCAAGCCUGCUGCCAGUCCUUUGGCAGAGACCAUUGGAAGAUUCGUCAAGCAGUACUAUGAUGCCAGCAUGGAUCUCGUGGCUGGGCUCGAGAUGGCGCUGCUGUUCCGCCUGGCCUUGGGAGUUCUGACUUUCUCCAAGGGAAGCAUCCUUCUCUUCAUUAUCUACGUGGCCUUCUUCCGCGCGAGAUACACCCAGAGCUCGUUCGUCCAGCAGGCCGUGCGCCACUUCACCGCCCGCGUGGAUGCUUCGGUUUCCCACCAGAGCACCCCCCCUGCGGUGCGCCAGGGAUGGGAGACCUUCAAGGGUGUUGUUCGCCAGGCGUAUGAGAGCACCGACCUGGGCCGUCUGACUUCCGGAGCUCCGGGCAAGAAGCCGCAAUAA